GCGGCGCGAUGGGCGGGGAGUUGACGGCACCGCUAUGGCCGGACACCCGACUCAGGCCGACUGGUCUUUUAGCCCGGCUCGAAGCUGGGCUUCCUGACGCCGCCGGAGGGCGAGGCCCUUCGGGCCCCCGCGGCCGUCAUGUACCCGCCGCCGGCGCCGGCGCGUCGGGACUUCAUCUCGGUGACGCUGAGCCCCGGCCGGAGCUACGGUGGCGGCCAGGGCCUGAGGCGUCGCUCGUGCUGGCGGAAAUGGAAGCAGCUGUCGAGGUUACAGCGGACGGUGGUCCUCUUCCUGCUGGCGGUCCUGAUGCUCUUCGGCCUCUUGUCCUAUGUCAACGUGGCCGAUGAGUGGACAGCUGUGGACAGCAGGUCGGCGGCAGCAUGGCAGAUGAGACCAGCAAAUCCUCCCGUCUUGCCAGCCCCUCGGAAAGCAGCUGAGAACCCAGAGACCGUGGCGGGGCUGUCGCCUCAGAAGCCCCAGAGGCAUUUCCGACGAGGACCCCCCAACCUGCAGACGAGAGCGCCUGCUGGAGACGCCCAGGAGAGGAGGCAGGCCCAGGCCCAGAGGAGGGCAGAGGUGGUGGGAGAGGCUGGCUGGAGAGCAGAGUCGCAGAGAGACGGCCUCAGCUGGAGGGGUGCAGGGACCAAGCCACCGCAGGGCACUGAACCUCCUGGCGAGAAGGCAGAGCUCCCCCCCAGGCCUUCGCCGAAGGCUGUGAGGUUUCAGGCCAACCCAGCCUCCCAGAACGAGCGCCAGAAGGCCGUGGUGGAUGCCUUCCUCCACGCGUGGGCUGGAUACCGCAAGUUCGCCUGGGGCCACGACGAGCUGAAGCCCCUGACCAGGUCCUUCAGUGAGUGGUUCGGCCUCGGCCUCACGCUGAUCGACGCCCUGGACACCAUGUGGAUUCUGGGGCUAAAGAAAGAAUUUCAAGAAGCCAGGAAUUGGGUGUCCAAGAGGUUAUUGUUUCAGAAAGAUGUGGACGUCAACCUGUUUGAGAGCACGAUCCGGAUCCUGGGGGGGCUGCUGAGUGCAUUCCACCUGUCUGGGGACGUCCUCUUCCUGACGAAGGCUGAGGAUUUUGGAAAUCGGUUAAUGCCUGCCUUCCGAACACCCUCUAAGAUUCCGUACUCCGAUGUAAACAUCGGCACCGGAGUUGCUCACCCACCCCGAUGGACCUCUGAUAGCACGGUGGCUGAGGUGACGAGCAUUCAGCUGGAGUUCCGAGAGCUCUCUCGUCUCACGGGGGAUAAGAAAUUUCAGGAGGCCGCAGAGGAGGUGACGAGGCGCGUGCAUGCCCUGCGCGGGAAGCUGGACGGGCUGGUGCCCAUGUUCAUCAGCACCAACAGCGGCAGCUUCACCCACCUGGGCGUGUUCACCCUGGGCGCCAGGGCCGACAGCUACUACGAGUACCUGCUGAAGCAGUGGAUCCAGGGCGGGAAGAAGGAGAGCCAGCUGCUGGAAGACUACCUGGAAGCCGUGGACGGGAUCAGGAAGCACCUGCUCGCUAAAUCUGAGCCCAGGAAGCUGACCUUUGUGGGGGAGCUCAACCACGGCCGCUUCAGCGCCAAGAUGGACCACCUGGUAUGCUUCCUGCCGGGGACACUGGCUCUGGGUGCCCACCACGGCCUGCCUGCUGAGCACAUGGAGCUGGCCCAGGCGCUCAUGGACACCUGCUACCAGAUGUACCGUCAGAUGGAGACGGGGCUGAGCCCCGAGAUCGCACACUUCAACCUGCACCACACGAAGGCUGUGAAGGACAUCCAGGUCAAGGCGGCCGACAGACACAACCUGCUGCGGCCCGAGACCGUGGAGAGCCUGUUCUACCUGUACCGCCUCACGGGCGACCGCAAGUACCAGGACUGGGGCUGGGAGAUCCUGCAUAGCUUCAACACCUACACGCGGGUCCCCUCGGGCGGCUAUUCUUCCAUCAGCAACGUCCAGGACCCCCGCCACCCCCAGCCCAGGGAUAAGAUGGAGAGCUUCUUUCUGGGGGAGACGCUCAAAUACCUGUAUCUGCUCUUCUCCGAUGACCCCGACCUGCUGAGCCUGGACACCUACGUGUUCAACACAGAGGCUCACCCCCUGCCCAUCUGGGCCCCCUCCUAGGGCGGGACGGCUCUCGAGUAGGCGCUGCCCAGGAGGCUGACGUGUGCUGUCCGCGAGGAUGCCUGUCGGCAAGACCUGGGCCCUGACCUUGGCUGUGUGGUGUCCCCCCAGCUGGCGGCACGUGCUCCGGGCCGGGCUGGUGACAGAGGCCGGCGGGCCACAGGGCCAGGAUGUUUCGGGGCCUCGUAGCUGCUCGGGGUGGCCACUGGGCAUCCGGUGCUCUGCCGCUGGUUCUGUGCUCCUCGCCUGGUUCCUGUUGGAUCACCGUUUGGAACACGUUGGAAUAAAUGGGCGGUGUGAUUCUGGGGAUCCUGUCCACUCAGCGAGUUUCUUCCUUCUUCCUAAAAAAUCAAAUCAUGACUACAUUCCUGAAGCCUGAACACUCUCCUGCUGCCCUGCAAGGGCUUCCUCAGGGUCCUGGGCGUCUGGUCACCCCAGGCCACUUUGGCCCAGAGCCCGCGAUGUGAUCAGAGACAGGGGCUGAGGGUACGGCCCGGUGCAGCCCAGCUCGGGGUCACAGCCUGUGAACACGCCCGACCCAGGGGCUCGGGGCGUCCUGACCUCAUGGGGAUUCAGGCUCCUGGCUGGCUGCGGGUGUUUACACGUUGGACUCAGGGAUCUACCCUUGCCUUUGCAAGGCUGGGCAGGGCUGGGCGGCAUGUUCACCGUCUCCCAGCCCAACAGACAGACUUCUAAUCCAUGAUAAAAGUACACUUGUUCUGAA